CAAGAAGAUGAGCGGCCUAUGUCACCCUUCUACGUGAGUGCCAAGGAGUCUCAAGUUAGUAGAAAUAUUCCUGCUACAGGAGAGUAUUUAGAGAAGACAAUCCGCUCAGCCGUGGAGCAGCAUCUCUUUGAUGUUCAUGGCUCAGGCGGCCAGAGUUCAGAGGACUCUGAAUCGGGAACAUCUUCAGCCUCUUCUAAUGUGUCUGCCAGGCAGAGGAGGCGACACCACAAAGAGCAGGAGGAAGCCCGGAGAAACAGAGACAUGGAAGUCGUCAACAAAGAAAACAUUCCCUCUGGAUUCAGCAAUCUUGAAGGCUGUAUUCUAGGUGCUCAAGAAGUAGAAAAAUUACAAGACAACAGCUCUGGAUAUCUUAGUGAAAGGAAUAAACCAAAACGGCAGAAAUCCAGCACCAAGCUUUCGGAGCUUAAUGACAACCAGGACAGUCCUGUGAGUAUGGAAAGCUUUAGCUCAUCCAGGCCUAUAGACAGAACAGGACCUGAUGACAUGGAAAUUUUAUCUGAAGAAAGCAAAGAAAGUGAAAACGAUGAGGUUUUUUUCAGGCAUUCUCAGCUGACUUCAAGUAUGAAGAUUCAAGAGCAUCCAAGCAUUCCUGAAAACAAGUUGCAAAGAAAUCAAGAUGCUGAUGAUCAGGAAAACAGCUUUGUGUCGGAAGUGCCUCGGCUGGAUUUGACAGCGCUGUGUGAUGACAACAACUGGGAAGAGCCCAUCCCUGCUCUUUCCUCAUGGCAGCGAGACGGCUUAGACUCAGAUGAGGCUCGCCUUUCCCCGCAGGCCGGUCGCUUAAUUCGACAGCUUCUGGAUGAGGACAGCGAUCCUAUGCUGUCCCCUCGCUUCUAUGCCUAUGGACAGAGCCAACAGUACCUGGAUGAUACAGAAGUGCCUCCUUCCCCUCCCAAUUCUCAUUCCUUCAUGAGGAGGCGGAGUUCAUCUUUGGGAUCUUACGAAGAUGACAGAGAGGACCUUACCCCUGCACAACUCACCCGGAGGAUUCAGGGACUGAAGAAAAAGAUCCGAAGAUUUGAGGACAAAUUCGAAGAGGAAAGGAAAUACAGACCUUCCCACAGUGACAAAGCAGCCAACCCUGAAGUGCUCAAAUGGACAAAUGAUUUGGCCAAAUUCCGAAAGCAACUUAAAGAGUCAAAACUGAAGAUAUCGGAGGAAGACCUUGGCCCUGUUGUGCGUCAGCGGAGCAACACGCUCCCCAAGAGCUUCGGCUCUCAGCUCGAAAAGGAUGAUGACAAGAAGCAAGACUUGUCAGAUAAAUCUGCCAAGCCUGCCGUGGAAGCAACCCUUGAUUCUAUCCAGAAGAAGCUUCAAGAAAAACGAACAGAGACAAACCGACCUGAAGAUAUUAAGGACAUGACAAGAGAUCAGAUAGCAGCUGAAAAAGUGGCUCUGCAAAAAGCUUUGCUGUAUUACGAAAGCAUUCAUGGCAGACCGGUUACCAAAAAUGAACGACAGGUGAUGAAGCCGUUGUAUGACAGGUAUCGCUUGGUCAAGCAGAUCCUCUCCAGAGCCAACACCAUCCCUAUCAUUGGUUCCCCUUCCAGCAAGCGGAGAAGCCCUUUGCUGCAGCCAAUUAUCGAGGGCGAAACAGCUUCCUUCUUCAAGGAGAUAAAGGAGGAAGAGGAGGGGUCUGAGGAAGACAGCAACGUGAAGCCAGAUUUCACAAUUACCAUGAAAACAGAUUUCAACGUGCGUAGCUUCUUGGAUCAACUAGAAGAUGAUGCUGACGGCUUUGUUUCCCCGGUGGAUGAUAAGAUGCCAUCUAGGAGCAAUCAGGAUAUGGGGCUUUCAAAUCUCCAUGAGGCAUCCAUCUCUGAACUCUUAGAGCAGCUCCAAGAAGUCAGGGAAGAGAAAAAGCGAAUCAGAAAAAAAUUGAGAGACUUUGAAGAUAACUUUUUCCGACAAAAUGGAAGGAACGUGCAGAAAGAAGACCGCACUCCUAUGGCUGAAGAAUACAAUGAAUACAAGCAGAUUAAGGCCAAGUUGAGGCUGCUGGAGGUCCUGAUCAGUAAAAGAGAUAUUAGCUCCAAGAUCAUGUAAAGGAGGAGAUUGGUUUUGCCAGUAAACAAAGAGGAGAGCGUGCCAAAUGGACAAAUGCAUGAAGUGGAUGCAGCGGGAGCCUGGCUGGGGAGAGCUGAGGAGCUCCCUGGGAACUGAAGGGCCAUUCCCAGAGGCGGGAGGGGGAGGAAAGGUGGCUUUUCAUCACUCUCUACGCUCAGCUGUUGCCCACUCUUUCUCCAGGCCUGAUGCCCAAAAUGGAGUUUGCCAGUAUAGGAGACAUGACGCUGCGCCCAGUGACUUCACUGAAGGGAUCCUUCUGUUUUGAUUUGCUUACAGAUCCUGUAAUAUUUAGAGUAUCAAAUCCAGCCAUGCUAUUCUUUUUUCCCAGGAUAUCAUAGCAAGAGGCAAAGUAGGAUGAAUAGUGAUUAAAUCAUCAAAUAGCUUCUACUUUAGUUUAACAGACAAGUGCCCUGACUGAUCUCAUGUGAAAGCACAGGUCAGAUAGCACCAAGACUGUUCUCUUGUAGCUACAGUAAAGAUUUGCUCAGACUUUUGACCUGACUGUUUGGAGUCCAGCAUCUUCUAUUGCUCCAGAUAAGUGCUGUAAGGAUCUCCCGGUCAUCACCCAGAGCUGGUGUGAGUUACAGUUUUCCCUAGGCUUGAGUUGGGUUUUCUUCCCGCUUUUUUGAUGGCUAAUUCAACUUAAGUAGAAGAAAGUACUUGGAUCUGUUUGGGAUAGCAAAGAAAAUGAGCUGUGCAGCAAGGCUUUUGCUGGCUUGUUCCACUUGGAAGGUGAGACUGUAACAUUAUGACCAUGUUUGGGCAACUGGGAAGAAAAGAGGUUUCAAAAGCUUUAAGUCAGAAUCCCUUGGGAUUUUCGUAGCUGGUCAGUUAAAUGUCUGGUGGCAAGUAUCUGGAAGAUAUCUGGAAGACCCACCCCGUUAGUACAUGUGCUUCGUCAUCUGAUACAGAUGUAAGAGUCCAAGCUGAACAGCCCGUGUGGGUGUCAUACAUGCUCACGAGCCUAAAUUUUGGUGGUUUUAUGUACAUCAGCAAUCAGGCUAUGUGGGCUGCAGCAAUGAUGGCAACAGAGGAUGGUCUUUUCUUCCCGGUGUGUGGUGGUGGUAUUACCAGUGCAGAGGACACUGCAGGGAACUGAAAGCCUAGAGCCAUGCUCUGCCUGUAGAAAGGGCCCGUGUCUCAGGUGCAGGUUUUGACAAUUCAAUGUUUUCUAAUUCAUUUUUGGCUUUCAGAAAGGUCCUGGGACACCUGAUCUGGUUGCUCAUGUCAGAGAGAUGCUGCCUGAAGGCGAGAGAGGCAGCGAGUUCAGGAAUGUAGCUGAGGGCUCACAGUUCUGCAGUCCUGGGCCACCUGGGCUCACUCUUCUGUUCCAGGGGCUUGUGUGCACCAACUUGCUCUGCCCAGAGCCAGGGCUCGACCCCGGUGUCCCAGGGGAGCAUUUCUGUAAUGCUUGCUUUUGCGUUGAUCCCCCAAGGAGCUAAUGUGCAGAAGCUGAGAUCAAAUGCAGUGCCAGUCAUCGUAGCCAGGCCUCGUGCAAGUCACACCGGAGGAGGCAAGAAGAGGACCCCCAGAACAACUUUGCCCCCUUCCUUCUCUGUAUGGGCAAGUGGGCUCACAAAUAGAUGUAUUUGGGUUGUGGUACUUGGACUUGCCCCCUUCUGCUUGCUAUUUGGGCUGUUAAUUCUUGGCCAAAACUGAUGCUGAGAGUGCUUUGGUCUCUUCAGGAUCCCAUAAACACUUCAAAAGGCAGCCCAGCCUUCUCUCAGUGGGUUUGCCCAUGCCCGUCACUCGUCUGGAUGCGUAAGGCAGUGACGUGUGUUAGUGAAAGCACUUAGGAGGGGGACUCCCAGGUAGGGAAUUUGGGGUUGGUUUUUUUUUACUGAUUGUAGAAUUGCUCUUUCUAUAUAAAAUCAGUGACGACUGAAUUUCCUAUUUCCAGAAAGUCCGGAGAACUUGUGUGC